UCUUUGUAAUUACAGCAACCCCGUGAACGCAACACGACACCAUAUGUCAAACAUGGCGACGUGCUUAUUUACAAGCGCUACAACGAAAAGGUUUUUUGUGUUGGCGCCAGUGAUGCGCCAUUACUCUACAAAGAAGACGAGUUUAGUCGUUCCUCGUCGCUUUUGUCAUAAAUAUCGGAGCAGUUUAUAUGAGCAUGUCCGUGAAGGAUAUAGCAACAAGCCGGAACUGGACAUGACAGGAGUGGUUGAAGACGCAGACAAAGUCAUAGCUAAUGUAGAAAAUAGGAAGGGCGAGCUAUGCGGCGAAGACGUCAGGCGAAUUGCGUGUGUGUGGCAGCAACUCCAGGCAAUAAGAGCAGAAAUCUCAGAGCUGGAAGAUCAGAAGCAGCAAAUCAGUGGAAUAGUCAAAGCUUUAGUGGCAAAGCACACAAAGAAAGCCCUAACCAAUCUUCCAGAGUACAACCAGUCUCUGCUGAAAGGUCGAGACAUCCGCAGUCGACUGAACCAACUGUAUCCCAGAGAGACGGAGCUGGAUGAGGAACACUAUAGCCGAGCCCUCCGUCUGCCCAACACUUCACACCCUGAUGUUCCCAUUGGAGAUGAGAGCCAGGCGAGGGUGGUGGAGCUGGUUGGACAGAAACCAGAAUUUGACUUCCAGCCCAGAGGCCAUGUUGAAUUGGGGGAGGAGUUGGGUCUCAUCAGACAGAGAAACCUAGCUCAUGUCUCAGGCCAUAGGUCCUACUAUCUGAGGGGAGUGGGGGCCAGACUUCAGACUGCGCUCCAGAACUUUGCACUUGACACACUGCAACGUCGUGGCUUUGUUCCCAUGGUAGUACCUGACAUGCUGAAGGGAGCAGUAUUUGAGGGAUGUGGCAUGCAGCCCAAUGCCCAUCGCUCUCAGGUCUACUCACUGGACCCAGCUCGGUUUCCCAACUUAAGCCUGGCUGGCACUGGAGAAGUUGGAGUGGCAGGCUACUUCAUGGAUCACGCAGUUAACUUCAAGGAGCUACCUGUCAGGACAGUGUGUAGUAGUACAUGCUACAGAGCAGAGACCGACACGGGACGAGAGACCUGGGGCCUCUAUAGAGUCCAUCACUUCAAUAAGGUUGAGAUGUUUGGAGUGACAGCAGAUGAAACAGGAGAGGAGAGCACUAAGCUCCUGGAGGAGUUUGUGUCUUUACAAAAAGAGAUGUUUUCUGCAUUGGAGCUGCACUACAGAGUGCUGGACAUGCCAACGCAGGAGUUGGGUCUUCCAGCUUACCGAAAAUAUGACAUCGAAGCCUGGAUGCCUGGAAGGAACAGUUAUGGAGAGAUUUCCAGCGGCUCCAACUGUACCGACUACCAGAGCAGACGACUCAACAUCCUGUACGAGAGAGAGGAUGGCAGCCUGCAGUACGCCCACACGGUGAAUGCUACAGCAUGUGCCAUCCCCAGAACAAUCAUUGCCAUCUUAGAGACUCACCAGACCAAGGAAGGAUUUGUGCGAGUCCCUGCAGCCUUGCAACCAUAUUUGGGCCUUCAAGUCAUUGAAAGGCCAUCGUACACUCCAAUGAAGUACAUCGGUCCAAACCAACCCUAUCGCCCACCCAGGCCCGCUCCCAAAAUGAGGUGACGUCGAUGUUGGGAACAACACAUAAAAUCAUAGAGAUUCCAUCAACUCAGUCAGAACAUAAUUCCACUUUUCCACGACCAGGGUUUCUUGAGUCCUGCUUUGUCGGCAACUCUUAAAGCAUCAUGAAUUUGUCGUUUGUCGUCAAUCCUUCUAUCAGCAACUCUGAUCGUUACUGCAUCAUCAUCAUCAAUCAUUGAUUACCUUUUAAGAUGCAUGGUAGGGUGUUUUUUUAAGUUUUUGGGGCCUGACUAAAAGGAUCGUUUAAUCAAAACGCGUCUUCUCCAACAGGGGUGUCAUAGUCUUGCAUUGGGGGUCAGGGGGCUGCUAAUGAAAGAAACCACUGCUAUAACUAGUUGCUUCAUCAUACAAAAAUAAUGCAGACAUCAAGGAAACGUAUUGGCAAAAUCACUAAUGUACAAUUUUUAUUUUUUGUAAAAUACAUGUUACAUCUAAUGAUAAA